GUUCCAUCGUGGCGCACAGCGAGGCUCUUCCUUGGAUUGACCAUAAAACUGGCUACCGGUACAGACCACGAUUCCUCCUGUUUUACCCAUUUUGGUUACAACUCGCCAUGUCCGAUACCACGACGAUAAAGGCAGACCCCGUUGGCUCGGAAGAAGGAGCUGUCAUCAAGGCAGAUCCCAUUGGCUCUGAAAAGGACGUUGCGGUCAAGGCAGACCUCGUUGGCUCCGAGGACAAAGACAACGUCAAGUCCGAAACUCCCGCCGACAACGACGGUGGCGAGGAUACCAACACCAAGAAAGGCCGUAGGAAGAGCAAGAGGAAGAAGAACGACACGAAGAAAGGAUCGGACGAGUCCAAGGAGAAGAAACCUCGUGUCAAGCCGGAAAAGGCUCAAGAAGUCUAUGAGAAGUUGUUGGAGGAAUUGGUCAAGAACUACAAGUUUGGACUAAAGGAGGUGCCACUGGACACGCUGGCAUCAAAACUAAAUUACAAGAAUGUCCGCAGUGAUGCCAUUGCUGCCGCGAAGAAGCUCAUGAAGGCUGACGACAAGGCGGAACUUGUCAGCGGUGGCAAAGCCUGCCAGUUGACGGAGAUUGGAGUCAAGGAGUUUGUUCCAGACGAAAAGGUUGCGGAAAGCCCCGAAGAAGCCUUGACACAGUUCUGGACGCACCUGACCAUGAAGCUCUCGUCCGACAAGAAGACAUCCAAUGACAAGGCUCUUGAUUCGGCCAAGAAGAUGUGGGAUCUACUCGCGACUGGGAAGGCCUUCACGAAGCAGGAGCUGUGCGACGUGACGCAUUGGAGUAUGGUUCGGAGCACUGGUUUCCCCGAGAUCAUCAAGGCCAUGAAAGAUCUCCAGUUUGUCGACGGCGAGAAGGAGCUUUCCUUUACUGACAAGCUGUUUCCGUUCGGGAGGCCUUGAUCAUGAUACCGGUUCAUAGCGUGACAAGGAUCGAAGAGAAUCGAAUCUGGAUUUAUAUUUCUUACGUCCAGAAGGUUGUUGUUACUCUCUGGGCCGAAAGCAGCCUUAUCAGAGUGUACCGUAUGAGUACUGUAUUGUAGUAAUGACUAAAAAACGAAGAAUCAAUC